UUUAGGAAUGUCCACGUUUGUGACAUUCCUAAACUUUCAUUAUUGUUAAAGCAGCAAAAGCUUAGAACAACGCUUCUCGAGCAUACGCCGGAGAACACAACUUCAUUCCUUCUGUGGAUUUUUUUAAUGGUUUGAUUUUAAAAAAAAAACUAACUUAGAUAUAAUCUGGCUAUAAAUAUAUUCAAUAAUGGAUUCAAAUAAAUUUGUUGAUGAAGAUGGAUUCAUAACUGUUGAAUACAAAGGCAAGAAAAGCAUCAAAUGUGUAAUUCCACCAGAAUUGCAAGCUCAGUGUCAACAACUAGAAACUACGAAUGGAGUGUUUGAUGAGAAGAAGUUUGAAUCUAUGGUAGAAGAUGUUAGAAAUUCAAAUUUUUUUAUGAAUUUUAAAGAAAACAUGCUGUGUGCUCUGAAAAAUUUAGAUCGUAAUGUAGAAUCUGACAGUCAUGAGAAUUUCAUCCAGAAUGUUGAAACCUUAUCAAUGAAUAAUAAUAAAAUGCUUGAUAUUGUUUGUUAUGGACUUGGAAAUUUUGCAUCAUGUUUAGCAGCAAGAUAUCAGCUUGCAUUUUUAAUCAAUUUAAAAAAAAUUUUAUUGCCAAGAAACAUUUGUAUUUUUGAUCCAAUGUUUUCUUAUGAGGAAAAAAGGGUUUUAAAAAAUUUUGGUCUGACUGUUUUAAAGGAAAAUGAAGAAGGAAAGCGAACUGUACUCAACAGAACUAUUUUUUUCAUGCCUCAUUGCAGUAUUGUCUUGUAUAACAAUCUUUUGUGGGCCAACUGGGGUAAAGAUAGCCUUUCGAAGUUAAUUAUAAUUGGAAAUAGUCUUCAAGGUUAUUUUGAUGGGUGGACAGAAAAUUUUUUUGAACUGGAAGCUGUUUAUAUAAAUUAUGCAUCUAAAUUUGUAACAGAAGCUAAAAUUGUAAAUAAUUUUAAAUUUUUAGAUGUAUUCAAUACUUCAUCGCUUCAUUAUUUUCAUAUUGAUGCUUUAAAUGAGGUGUCUGUGAAAAUUUGGAAUGAUAAUAUUGAACCUAUUUAUGAUGAUAUUGAAACAUUAAAAAAUGGUUAUUUUUGA